AUGCUGCGCGUACACUAUCAGUCGGGCAAUUAUGGUGAUACAGCGUGUCCUACUCUCCGGCAAGUGCAACAAUCCAUCAACUACGUGCGAACCAAGGAGUUGCACCACAAAAGUACUGUGCCGGCUGUUGAAGAAGCGUUGCAACAUUGGGUUCUGCCAACCGCACAAGAAGAUCAAGAAAUCCAUCACCCAUUCGUAUUCGGCGUGGAAAAAGUUGAUGGCAAGCCCCGCGUAGGUAAUGGUGGCCUUCAGUCGUUUCGUGUCGGGUUUACGACGCUUGACGUCAUGAAUCGAUACAAAACGACUUGCGAAGAUAACCCCCGCCGCAAGAUCUUGUGCCAUGUCGACACGACAUUUUCGACUAACAAGUCAGGGUACCCAGUAUUCGUAUUUGGGUACUCUGAUAUGGCUGGCUCGUUCCAUGUGCUCUGCAUUUGCAUCACAUCACAAAGAACUCAUGACGACGUGGCCUGGCUGUUAAAGUCACUGAAGAAAGAGUUUCAAGACCAACUCGACUUUGCGUGGGAGCCACAAUAG